ACACAAUAAAGAGUGGAUCAGUGUGCAUGCAUGAAGACGUGUCUGGAUGUGAAGGAAACGGCGACUACGUCUAAAAACAUCCUCGGCACGUUGGCGCUCUGUUUGGACCCUCUCUGUUGCCGUAGCGGUGAAUUAUUAUUUUAUAUUGAGCAGCGUAAAUUGGAGCGGCUGGAGACCCCGCCCCUCUCAUCCGGUGUUCGGACGCAUUUCCCACCAACUGUGUGCAGAGAUGACGGCCAACAGCAGGUACAGGAGCCGCGCGCCCCGCUCAGAGGAUGCAGAGGAAAAAGAUUAUGUCGGCUUUGCAACGCUGCCCAACCAGGUGCACAGGAAGUCGGUGAAAAAAGGAUUCGACUUCACCCUCAUGGUGGCAGGGGAGUCCGGUCUGGGUAAAUCCACUCUGGUGAACAGCCUCUUCCUCACUGACCUGCACAAAGACAGGAAGCUGCUCAAUGCAGAGGAGCGGAUCAGUCAGACGGUGGAGAUCACGAAGCACACGGUGGACAUCGAGGAGAAGGGCGUGAAGCUGAAACUCACCAUCCUGGACACGCCGGGAUUUGGAGACGCUGUGAACAACAACGAGUGCUGGCGCGCCGUCACAGACUACAUCAACCAGCAGUUUGAACAAUACUUCAGAGACGAGAGCGGGCUGAACAGAAAGAACAUCCAGGACAACAGAGUGCACUGCUGCCUGUACUUCAUCCCUCCGUUUGGACACGGGCUCCGCCCCGUCGACAUCGAGUUCAUGAAGGUGCUGCAGGACAAAGUGAACGUGGUUCCUCUCAUCUCGAAGGCCGACUGCCUCACUCCGACCGAGAUCAAGAAGCUCAAAGAGCGGCUGAGGGAGGAGAUCGAUAAAUGCGGGUUAAAGGUCUACCAGUUCCCUGACUGUGACUCUGAUGAGGAUGAGGAGUUUAAGCGUCAGGAUAAAGAGCUGAAGGAGAGCACGCCGUUCGCUGUCAUCGGCAGUAACACGGUGGUGGAGGCUCGAGGUCAGCGAGUGAGAGGGAGGCUCUACCCGUGGGGGAUCGUGGAGGUGGAGAACCCGUCGCACUGCGACUUUGUGAAGCUGAGGACCAUGCUGAUCAGAACCCACAUGCACGACCUGAAGGACAUCACCGGAGACUGUCACUACGAGAACUACAGGUCCCAGUGCAUCCAGACCAUGACCAGUAAGAUGAACGCAGAUAAGCGAGUGGAGAGUCCCAUCCCCAUCCUGCCUCUGUCCACACCGGACGUGGAGACGGAGAAACUCAUCAAACUGAAGGAUGACGAACUGAGGAGGAUGCAGCAGAUGCUCCAGAAGAUGCAGCAGCAGAUGCACGAGCAGAACCUGUGACCUCGGACGACGUUGCAUCUGUGAUCGUUUAUUCAGGAGACACAAUCGACCACAGGCUCAAAGCUUUUCUAAAUCCAUCCCUGCAGGAGACGUUGGGAGGAAAUAGUUGCCAGAAUCUUAAAAUAAUACUCACAUAGUAAUAAUCAUCGACUGACAGCAUGCUGGAAGAUGAAUUCUCACCUAAUUUAAAUGUUUCUUUUUUUGCAUUUGUUUUUUAUACAGUCUUUAGCCAAGUGAGUUGUAGUUAGGCAAUAGAGAGUAGUUAGCACUUUGUUACCUUUAAACCACAGCAGACUUGAAAUGCUGAGUGAGACUGAAGCACCUUAGCCUCUGUUCCUUUGAGUAGACGAUGCACUGACCGUGUGAACACCUGCUGUGUGUGUGAGGAGUUUUGUUAUUUUAUUUUAUUUUUUUUUUUUUAUUUUACAGGGACAUUGCAUAUUAAUAGACAUUUCAGUAAAUAUGCCAGAGUUAGCCAAAAGGCUCAUUUUCAUCUGUUGUCCCUGGCCAGAUUUUAUAAAAGGCUCCCUAAAAAAAAAAAAUUCAAACAUUGCUAAAAGUUACAAAAAUAGAAAUAUCAUGACAGUAAUUAAGCAGCCACAGGAGAAAAUACAUAAAGCAUGCAGGAUACACAUAAAGCAGCAUUUGGUUAAUAUAAAAAAUGUAUCUCAUUCAGGACAGACGUGGAGCAGACAUAACAAUGUACCAAAAAAAAAGCCCCCCAAAAAAAGGGAUGCACGAGCUGAGAAUGUCCCUGAUGGUUUGCAACUUUUGAUUUCAGUAGCGUUUGCAAACACUUGAAGACGUGUGUGUGUGUGUGUGUGUGUGUGUGUGGACGGUUCAAAUGAGUUUCAGUGAGUUCACUUAAGAGACUGAAGCUCGAUUUGAGAUCUUUUAAAGACGCUAAACCAGAGUACAGCUGCUCAGUGCUAAUGGUCAUAGCAUAUGUCGCUAAAAGUCGUGCUAAUGAGCCGUGCAUAAAGACUUUCAUGAACUGAGACCAACAUUUAAAAAAAAACAACCAAUCAGAGCGCUCAUACUCGCUGCUGAAUUCCACCAGAUCGCCUGUCCGGUCCGUCCCAGCUCCGUCGGUCCGGACUCGUCUGCAGCAGAUACACAAGGAUUCUAGUUUUGCCGGAUUCCGGAGCACAGCGCAUCGAUUUACCACAGAGCAGAUUGAGCGGGACAGGAAGUCAGACACCGAAACUAAAAACAAACAACAAGACAAAUUCAAGCAAGUCCCCUCUUCUAGAACUCCUCCAGAACAAUGACCUUGUUAGGAGCGGAGGUGACACUCACAUCUGGUGGAAGCUAACAGUUAGCUACUUCCUGAGCUACAAACCAUCAGCCUCUUUAAAGUGCUGCUGAGUGAAUGUUUGUGCACAUGCUAACGUCUUACGAGAGAGAGUGAGUCAGCAUGUUCUUCUGCAAAAACAUAACUGACAAUCUCAUUCUUAAAUGAAACCUUUAAUCAUGAAUUAGCUGAAAGAAAACCCCACAGCGAACAGACACUAAAGCCAUCACAGGAAGAGUUCAUGUGAAAACAAUCCUACAUAUGCUACGUAUGCUACGUAUGCUACAUGUUUGCUACACGUAUGCAACACGUAAGCUACGUAUGCUACACGUAUGCUAUGUAUGCUACACGUAAGCUACGUAUGCUACGUAUGCUACAUAUGCUACAUGUUUGCUACACGUAUGCUACACGUAUGCUACACAUAUGCUACACGUAUGCUAUGUAUGCUACACAUAGGCUACGUAUGCUACGCUAGUUCAGUGUUCAAAGUGUGUUUGAAUUGGUGUGCAUGAUAUGUAAGAAUAUUUUUCUCCAUCUCUCAGCUGUUACAGAUCGUACAGAUAACACACACACACACACACACACACACACCUGCACAGAGUAGGAUCCAUAUCAGCCUUAACAAUAAUCAAUCUGAGUAAUAAUAAGUUAUUUUGUGAAGCCGUGUUUCUGAGUGUUGUACAGUCAAACAAGAACAAGAAAUAAUAAUGAGUUCAUAAUGUAAUAAAACGACUGUUUUCAUCUG